UAAACACCAACUUUUGGAUCCUUGCCGUGAACCGUAGUGUCAUAUACAGCGGCCUCGAAACGCAAACAGCCCUUUCAACGCCGGAGCAGUCCUGUCUCCGCUGCUUCUCCUUCUUCGCCGGAACCCUAAACUUCCGAACGAAAACUGAUCAUACUUAAUUCUCCGAAAAUGUCCCCGUCGAUAUUCCGAUCCCGAUUUAUUUCCUUGCUAAAGAAUCGCCAUGGACGUCUUAUGAGCUCCGACCUCGCUUCGAUCCCUUCCAAGGAUUCCAUCAUUGCGUCCCAGAAGCUCGUCUCCGAUCAGAUUCCGCAAUCCAUUUCUUCUUCUUCUUCUUCCUCUAAGCCCUUGAAUUUCCUUAAGUACAGUUUGAUUAGUGCUCUGACGGCGGCUACUGCAGUUGCUGGUUACGCCAGCUAUGCUUAUAGUUACGAUGAAAUUGCGGAGAAGGCAAAAGCUCUCCGUCGGUCUGCAAGUUAUACUGCCAUGGACGAUGUUUCUGGUGUUGAUAAAGUUCAGGGCAGGCUAUACUCCACGAUAAUGACAGUUCCUGUAAAACUAGCUGAUGUUUACCUGGAUUUGAGGAAGACAAUUGAAGAACAAGUUAAAGGUUAUACUGAACCCAAUGCGGAAAUGCUUCUUCCGGAUUUGCAUCCCUUGGAACAACAUGUAUUUACGCUUGUUCUAGAUCUAAAUGAGACUCUAGUGCACUCUGAUUGGACGCGAGAAAGAGGCUGGCAGACAUUUAAAAGACCUGGAGUUGAUUCUUUCUUGGAACAUCUUGCACAAUUUUAUGAAAUUGUUAUAUUCUCUGAUCAAUCAAAUAUGUAUGUUGAUCCUGUCAUUGAUAGGUUGGACCCCAAGCAUUGCAUACGAUAUAGGUUGUCAAGAGCAGCUACAAAGUACGAGAAUGGAAAACAUUACAGAGACCUGUCAAAGCUUAACAGGGAUCCCAGGAAGAUUAUUUAUUUGAGUGGCCAUGCAUUUGACAGUAGUCUACAACCAGAAAACUCUGUUCCAAUAAAGCCAUGGAAGUGUGAGGCAGAUGAUACUGCUCUUCUUGAUUUUAUACCAUUUCUUGAAUUUGUUGCACGAAAUAGUCCAGCUGACAUCAGACAAGUUCUAGAAUCAUAUAAUGGAUGUGAUAUUCCCACAGAAUUUAUAAGACGUUCUAAAGAGCAUCAAAGGCGGAUACAAGAACAGAAGCAGCAAGGGCGACUAUGGAAACGUUGAGAUCCGAAUAGUGUAAAAAGUUGAUUGAAAUUGUAGUGUGGAACAAAAACAAAGAUAACCAACUUUCUUCUGCAGGCGUAGAAGAAACCUGAGAUUGAGACAAUGGAUUUUCUGUUAUACAUUUCCAUUAGUUCCAGGUUCUUGAUAAGCAAGAGCCUCUCUCAUAAGUUUUGCUACUCAUUUGCCCCAUCUUGUUCUGGCAGGCAAUGAAGUUUUGAUUUUGUGUGUCAUGAUAUGGAUAUCCUCUUGAGUUUUCCUGAGUAGCUAUGACCGUCCAUGUCUAGUUACACAAUUAUAACCCUUUGAUUUUCUAUUGUCCCUUUCAGAAUGCAUCAAAACUGGUGAAUUUACCCAUUUCAAUCA